UACUGGCGGCGUCUGCCUGUUGCGUCACUCAGCGAGUCCUCGCCAUGCUGUGCUGUUGUCCACGCUUGCUGCUGCUGGCUGCCUGCGCCUUGCUGCUGCGGCGGUCCCCCUGCGCACACGCCUCGCCCACCAGCGGAGUGGAGCUCCGCUUCGGCGGCUACCCCGGCCUGGCGUGCGCCGACGGCCGCUACCCAGUGGCCCUCGACGACGCUCGCCGAAUGCUGGUCGCACUGUUGGUGGUCGGCGCAGACGACAGGAUUCACAGAACCUUCGGCUGUUUCUUCGAGGGAGAUAUCCGCCAGCUGCAGGCCAUGGCAGCCGAACAUGGCUUCCGCUUCAUCAGCCUUCUACCGGCCUCAGUGAGCCUGGCGAUCCCCGAGGCGGACUGCGUGGUGCCUCGGCCGGGGCUGCCCAGCGACGUGUUCGACGUUCAGAUGAACCUACUGGGUGCGGCGGCCCCCACCGCCCCUGCCGGUUGUCUGAUGUACAGCUCUGCCAAGGUGGGGCUCGUUUCCAGGGACGCCACCAAUUCCACCGACAGCGACGCCGCAGCUGAUGAUCCACCUGCUGAUGGGGCGCUGCUUCUCAGGUUCCAGCGAGUGUCCUUUCCGGCGCUGCAGUGCCGGUUUCGCGCGAAGACGCAGCCUGACGUCAUCCUGCGCGGCCUCGUCCAGCCACCGGACGACCACUUCACUUGCCGCUUCCGCUACCGCAUCAAAGGUCAGGUGUUGGGCGCCCUGCUGCGCUACCUUUCGGCGGCCUACAGGCUACCCUUGGACACGCCACCUGCGAGCCUACCGAUGCUGACGCUGCGACCAUUCGCGUGCGGCGCCGGUGCCGGUGACGACGCGGACGUCGACUUCCUGGUGACGGGGCCCAGAGGCCGCUCGGCGGGCUGCAAGUUCUCCUCUGGUGACCACCAAAGCUCCGGCUGAUUCCGUGUCUGCCACGUCUGGCAUCACCGUAAUCGCUCAGACUGUGACUACAGGCUGCGUCCUUCUUGCACUGUCUUGAAAGAAACUGACAGUGUAAAUUGCGUACAUCGAGACUCAUUAAUUUAUUUAUAAACUAAUAAAAAAUACUUACUAUUUAUCGCUGCUGUGAUAAAACAUUUCUUGUAAACAGUGCUGCAUUGCUUCAGUGUAUUUAAAGAACAAAAUCACAAAACCCACAAAAUCUGAUGUAGUGUGUAUUUAUUUCUCAACAACCAGUUUAGAUCAAGCGACUAUGUACAGGUUACCUAUAUAGCAACAGAAACAUAUAAGAAAUAGUAUACAGUGUGUCAAAAUAAUUAAGGUGAACUGAUCUCCAUAGCAGGUACGAAUACCGUAACAUCGGGUUAAAGGGAUAUUCCUUGGUGUCACGUACAUAUGUAUUUGUCAUUUGCAACAUCUAAAUGAAAUAGUUAGAAGUACAAUAUACGUAAAGACUCAAAAAAACAUAGUAUAUGUACGUAUACACGUUGUAGAUACAAAUGUAACACGAGUAUUUUAAUAUUUUGUGUAAUAUUUUAUUUUUUAUCUUGUAUGCGAUAUGUCUAAG